UUCAGACUCUUCCGUCAAUAUUGAAAAUACAGGCACUGUAUGAUGCGUUUAAAGGACUAAGACAUCACGCAUGGUUCAGGGGAAAAAAAAGACCGAUGUGUGUCUGAAAUCAUGUCGCACAAUGCAAAAUAUUAUGUAAAGAGACUUCGGAAGAAGGACACAAAUGGCCUGACAAAAAUAUUUAAUUUUUUACAAGUCCAAACACAAGCACGGGUACAACAUGUACAAAUGAUCCAAGUACAAGUAGUACAAGUGGUGACAUUCAAUUAACAAGUACAACCGAUUGGUGUGUUGUAGAGGACGACGUCCACGAUGAAUCAGAACACAUAAAAAAAACCUGAAGUAAGUUCUAGCAAUAUCGUGUCCUUAAAAAGUCAAGAUGACCAGACAUCCCGGACUCCAAGCCUGAAAUUUGAUGAUUGUGAAGGUGAAUUGAAACCAUUAGACCAGAGAAAGUUUUAUUCACAUAAAUAUGAAAGUCAAUACAAAUGGUUGUAUUUUUCAAAUUUGAAGGGAGGAUAUUUGUGUAAAUACUGUGAACUUUUCUCAGACUCGGUGACUACUGAUUUGGAAGUGCCAUUCAUUCAUAAAGGGGCAAUUCUGGGUACACACCCUACAAGAGUUUUGGAGAAACAUGAUGGAAGUAAGAAACAUAAAUUUUCUGUUCAAAGAUACACAUGCUCGCGAGGAAAUGUUAAUGUUUACAAACAAGUACAAAUGGCAUUCGAUGAACAAGAAUAUAAGAGGAACAGAACUGUUGUGAAGAAAAUAUUCCAGUGUGUGGAUUUUCUGGUGAGACAGAAGUGGGCAGUCACUGAAAACACAGAGAAAUUAGCCAGAUUUGUUGCCAGCAUGGGGGACAGUGACCUGAAGGCCCAUUGUGACAAUACCUCAAGCAAAACAUCUUACUUGUCAUCUCAUAGUGUCACACAGAUGGUUCAGUGCAUAUCAGAUUUUCAUGAGAGAGAAUUAUUAUCUCAGAUGAAAGACAAAGAGAUUUCAUUGUUGGCUGAUGAGAGUACUGACAUAGCCAAUAGGAGCCAAUUAUGUGUCAUGACUAGGUGUGGGAAUUCAGAUGGUGAUGUAGCAACAAUUUUUUUAGGUUUUGUCAAUCUAACAAAAGGCACAGCUGAAGCCAUAAUGGAAGCAAUCAAAUCAUUUCUACAAGCCAGAGACAUAGACCUUGCCAAAAUCAGGUUCAUCGCCUUAGACGGUUGCAACACAAUGAGUGGAGAACACAAAGGACUACAGAGACGAAUCAGACACGAAAGUCCAUUCGCAUUGUUUGUCAACUGCCGAAAUCAUCGCCUAGCCUUAUGCUUAGUCCAUCUUAUCAAACGAUACCCAGUUCUUCAAGAAAUUGAUUCCACACUUCUGGCACUAUGGAAGUUAUUUGAGUUUUCACCGCAGAAGUUGGCUGUUUUCAAGCACAUUCAAUCAGUCUAUGGCAAGGAACCACUUACCAUUCUUCGUGCAGCUACUACCAGAUGGUUGUCUCAUCUUCAUGCAUCUUCAAGAUUUAUUUCAAGAUACAACUGUAUACUUGAUACACUUGAUGCACUAUAUGAAGAUAAAAAAGACCCAGAGGUAUAUGGUAUCAGGGCAUCUAUAACAAAGAAAAGUUUACUGGCAGGUAUAUUACUCCUGUGUGACAUUUUGAAACCAGUACACAUGCUUUCUCUCUAUCUUCAACAUGAAGACAUAAACUUUACCAUGCUUCCCAUCCAUGUCAAAGAAACCAUUGACUUGCUUCAUCUACUGGUUGAAAACUAUCAGAGAAAUCAGUUACAAGACACAGAGUAUCAGAAAUGUGGUGAUUUGUUCUCAGAGGUGGAUGAUAGAACCAACCUUGCAAGGCGAAUGAGAGCUGGAGCACAUGAAUUGACACCAGAAUCCUUCCUUGAACAAACAGGAAUUCCACUGAUCUAUGAUUUGAUACAAGAAAUCGAGGAUGCAUUCUGUACAGGAUCUUCUGUCCUUCCCUCCUUUGGAAUACUGGAUCCACAUAAUUUACCUGACACUGUGCAGGAACUUUCGGAUUACAAUCAAGAGAGCAUAAACAGAUUUGUUGAGUCUUAUGGAACUGCAAAAGAUGACACAUUCCAGGGACAAAGAGUCCAGGUUCGAGCACAGUUUGAACCUGUGGCCCUCAGGGCAGAGCUUGAAAAUUUUAAGCGACACCUUUCCAUGUUGAGUUUAUAGUAUUGGCUGAGAAAAUGAUCAAUUGGACUCAAAGGCAAUAAAGGAGAAGAGGAUGCACAACCAUUCAAAGCAUAUACAAGGAGUUCUGUCAGGAUAUUCUCUUGAGAGAGUGCUUUCCUCUGGUGCAUCA